CCUCCACCGUCAGUCACACGGCCCGCGGGCUCAGGAGGCGGGCUCAGCAGGCUCCUGGACAUGGCGGAAGGCGGAGGCUGGCAGCCACCGCGCCCGUGUGAGGCCUACCGAGCGGAGUGGGAGCUGUGCCGCAGCGCCGGGCACUUCCUGCACCAUUACUACGUCCACGGGGAGAGGCCGGCCUGCGGGCAGUGGGGACGCGACCUGGCCAGCUGCCGCGAGUGGGAGGAGCGCCGCAGCGCCGAGGCCCAGCGGUCCCUCUGUGAAAGUGAGCGGGCGAGAGUCCGGGCUGCGCAGAAGCACCCCGUAGUGUGGACCCCCAGGCAGAGUCCCCCCACAGACUGGCACCUCCCUCUGCCUCAGGACAAGGACGGGUGACACCCUCACAACUUUCUCCGCGGGACUGGCCUCAGCAGUCUGGUGGGUCCCUCCAGACACCAGAGCCCUGUCUCUAGCCUCACCCAUCCUCAUUUGUGUUCAGGGGGCCCGGCUUCUGCCCCCAGGAAGACAAGCACCACCACAUCUCCCUUUGGGCAAUGUGACCAGGCCUGGAAACAGCAGCACAGGUGGUGGUUCUCCUGAGGUCUGGACUUCUCAGGCAGCUGGCCUGACCAUGGUUUGGUAAUGGCCACUCCCUCAGCUCCUUUGCAGUUGUGGGUAGGCUGGUAUUUGCCUCCUCAGAUGAUGAAUAGGCCCCUUGGCCAUGGACUUUGCUCCAGAACACACAGUCUUGUGUUAAAAGGAUUCAUGGACUCUUGGCUUAAGACACCCAAGCCCAAAACACAUGGAAUUUUAGUCUCCUUCCUUCUGAAUUCCCCUGGUCAUUUUUAGAGUAUGGAAUAUAUCAAAAGACAUUUCACAUGUGAUUCCCAAUAGCUGAAAGUUAAUCCACAGUUAAAUUGUUGAAAUGGUUAGAUUUGGUACCUGACACUGUUGUGCUCUGGCAGUAUUAGAUUUUUGUAUGCUUAGAUUUUUGUUGUUGUUGUUGUUGUCUUUUUGCCAUUUCUUGGGCCACUCCCACGGCAUAUGGAGAUUCCCAGGCUAGGGGUCUAAUCAGAGCUGUAGCUGCCAGCCUACGCCAGAGCCAGAGCAACGCGGGAUCCGAGCCGCAUCUGCGACCUACACCACAGCUCAUGGCAACGCCGGAUCGUUAACCCACUGAGCAAGGGCAGGGAUUGAACCCCCAACCUCAUGGUUCCUAGUUGGAUUCUUUAACCACUGCGCCACGACAGGAACUCCCUGCUUAGAUGUUUUUAAAUAUGUAUGUAUUUGAACCAACAAGAGCUCUAGGGAUUUUUUGUUUUGUUUUCCUUUUAUGGCCGCACCUGAGGCAUAUGGAAGUUCCCAGGCUUUGGGUCGAAUUGGAGCCACAGCUGCAGGCCUAUACCACAGCCUUCAGCAAAGCUGAAUCCUUAAACCAGUGAGUGAGACCAGGGAUCGAACCCACAUCCUCAGAGAGGCAGUGUCGACUUCUUAACUCACUGAGCCACAAAGGAAUUCUGAGAGCUCUAGUUCCUCAGAUGGUCUCUUCAUUACUAAUAAAAUGAUUUUCCUCUCUGGCUCCUUAGCAGGCCCCACUGUGUGCUGCUGCGGGCCAGGCCUGCUGCAUCUUGGUGCCUCCCUCAGGACUGGACCAUGGGGGUGGGUCAGACAUCAUGUAACUCGUUCUACGGGGCAAAAUAAUCCAUCACUUCAGAAGGCCGUACAUUAAAGAAUAAAAUUUCCCGUUGUGUUUUCUCCUAUGCA